AGAGAAACAAAACACACAAAUUAGGUCACGACAACAACAAUGGCUAACGUUUUCCUCAUCAGUAGCAGAAACAGAAGAUCAUUACGAACAACAACAGAUCAAUCAAAACCCAAGAAUCUUACUGUGAAAAGGUCAGAAUCUUCUUCAGACAGCAAUUACUCAAUAUGCAAGAAACAUCCGAAGCACAGACAGUCUCCUGGAAUCUGCUCUCUCUGUCUCAACGAGAGUCUCUCCAAGUUGUCUCUCGAUUUCCAUGACUAUACUCCAAGCAUGAGCUCGUCUACUUCAAAAAAAGUGGCUAAAACGGGGUCGUCUUGCUCAUCGGCUUCUUCAGAUUCAGAAUCAGAUUAUUCUACAACGGCGAUCUCUUCUUAUUACUCUUCCGUCUCUUCUUGUUUGUCCCCUCUACAACAUCGAUACAGUGAGAUCGUCGUUAAUAAGAGGAAAAAGCAGCGUCCCAAGAAACAAAACUUCUUCUCCAGAUUAUUUCUAUAACUAUUAUUUUACCACAUUUUGGUGUUUAAUAUAUUCAUUUUUUUCUCAGUUUUCGUCACCCCGCAAAUACAGAGAAUAAGCACAAGAAGAUCUCAACAAAUUGUUUUAAA